UCAUGUUUUUUGUUUUUUUAUGAGUUUUCUUUGUUCAUCGUAAUUUUUUUUUAUUUUUAAUUUUCGACAGUCAUUUCUCUUCGUAGACGGCUUAUUCUAAAUUAGAUCUAACCUCAAAUUAGAUCUUUCGGACCUUGGAUUGACUUGGGUGAACUCCUUUUAUAAAAGGAAAACAGGCUGAACAAGAAUCUGAUUCUGAAGGCCUCCAUUUUCAGAAUCGAAUCAAUCCUACACCAGCCAAACCCAACGCUAUUUUAAAUCCACACUUAUUCAAUUUUCUUUCUUCUUCAAUCUCUUCGCAUUUCGUUUCCCAACGUUUUAUUUAAUUUACGAAGAAAUGGAGGGAACAGUGUUUACUCCAUCACUCGAAGGAAUGAAGCAUGUCAAAUCUGAACAAGGGGAAAUGCUCACCAAGCCUUUCUUGGAUGUUUGCAAAUUGAUUUUGCCUGUUAUAGAUAAAUUUGGAGCUGCCCUUUCCCUUGUAAAGUCUGAUAUUGGUGGUAAUAUAACAAGGUUGGAAAAUAAAUAUCUAUCCAAUCCCACUGAAUUUGAGAAGUUGUACAGCCUAGUACAAGUAGAAGUUUCAGCUAAAACUGCCAAAGGAUCAUCUAGUUGUACCAAUGGUCUUCUUUGGUUGACAAGAGCAAUGGAUUUCCUGGUGGAAUUGUUUCGCAACUUACUUGCACAUCCAGAUUGGACAAUGUCACAAGCUUGUACAGAAUCCUAUAUUAAGACCCUGAAGAAAUGGCAUGGCUGGCUUGCAAGUUCAAGUUUCACUGUUGCUAUGAAGCUUGCACCUGAUAGGAAGAAGUUCAUGGAUGUGAUACGUGGCUCUGGUGAUGUAAAUGCUGACAUGGAGAAAUUUUGUACUACUUUUUCUCCAUUUCUUGAAGAGAACCACAAGUUUCUGGCUAGUGUUGGCAUGGAUGAUCUGAAAGCUUCAUGAUAGAAGAAUUCUCUGCUUCGCAGCUGUUGUUUAUGUGUACCGUAUUAUGUUGUUACAUCUUAUUUCAGUUUCUAAACAUCCAAACAUGACCAAAAAUAAUUGAUGACUUUGAUCUAUAUAAGUUACAGUUAAUACAUGUUUGAUUUCAGACUGGCA